UCACCACCUCACCACCUCACCACCUCACCACCACCUCACCACAUUCCAUCUGCCCUGGGGUCAAAGUGGCUGAGUCAUGGCUGCCCCUGCUAUGCGGAAGAGACGGAGGCGGACGACGAGCGGAAAGAGCGGCAAGGGCAAGACGGGCAAGCGGGACAAGUCCGAGUCUGUUGUGGCCGAGGGCAAGGGCGAUGAUGAGGCCAUGAUCACCAUUCGUGUCGUGCACUCGGUUCGGAAGAAGAAGAAGAAGGUGAAGAAAGGCUCAAAGAAGAAGGCGACAAAGGUGAGCAAGCGCAAGGCGCCAGAGCUCCAUCAGCCACGCCGGAGGAGGCGGUCGAGCAAGGCCGGCAACUCCAAGUCGUCGGCAAAAUCAUCGGCAAAGCGGCGGAAGAGAAAGUCCACAAACGAGGACAGUGCUGACAAGGUGCGGUCUAAGCGCAGGAUCAAGUCGGCAAAGGGUACCAAGCAUGCGUCGGCUGCUGAAUCGGGCAUGGGAAAGCGGAAGAGACGGAAGAAGAGCAGCGCAAAGGAUCGGGACAGAAAUGGAAAGGGCAAGAAGAGCAAGAAGAGUAGGACGAGCAACAAGAAGCGGCUGGCCUCGUCCAAGAGCAAGCGGUCAAAGAAGGCCGGCGGUCGACGAAAGAAGCGCAAGGUGAAGAGUAAGCGGAGCCGGGCCGAGGCGAGGGCGUUGCGGGAGCGCAUCGCAGAGCUCGAGCAGACGCUCAUCGAGGUCGAUCGCGGCUACACGGCAGAGUACGACGGCCUCGAAGAGGAGCUGGCCGAGCUCGAGCAGCAGUUCCUCGACGAGCUCUCCGAGUCGUCGGAGAGUUAUAACUCGGCCGACACCAUUAUCCCUGCCGGGCGGCACCAUGGCCGCGACUACGGCUAUGGCUCGUUCUCGGAAGAAAGCUCGUUUGUCGGCGGCGUAGGCUACGGCUACGAUGCCUAUGACGUCUACGGUGCUGGCUACGGUUUUGACUCGGACCGGCGGCGGCCGCGGCGGCGGGCACCACAGACGGCGCCGCGGCGGUCGCGCAAGGCACGCGCGGUCUCGAGGCACCGCUGGGGAAAGGGAUGGAAAGCGUAGCGUGGCUCACACCGUCGGCUCGAUAGCAUAAUCAACCAGCGUGUUGUAUCGUGCCGGAUCGGCGUCAUACAGGUUGCGGGCAACAAACGAGAUGACGCCGUCGUCCCGGAUAGCCUUGUCGAGCGCGAGGACGCCGUCGAGAUGAUCGAGCUCGUGCUGCAGCAGCUCGGAGAGUGCGGGCGGCAGCGCCUGGGCCGUGUGCGUCACGCCAUCAGCAUCUUGGAAAGUGACCGAGAUGGAGACCGCCCGCUGGGUCCGGACCAUGAGCCACGGGAAGGAGAGGCAGUUGUCCCACAGUGUCAUGGUCUCAUCGGAGCGCCACACGAUGGCGGGAUUGAAGAUGGUGAACGGGCCGGCGGCAGCCAGGUCGGCCAGGUCGGUCCCCUCUGCGGAACUUCCCAGAUCCAGCGCCACAAACCGCUUGCUGACGCCGAUCUGCGGUGCAGCGAUGGCCCGUCCGAAGCCCUUGGCCGCCCGGA